AUGGAGGGCGCUAUACAUGGUUGUAGGGUGGCAAGAGGUGCACCCCCGGUAUCACAUCUUUUUUUCGUGGAUGACAGUCUCUUAUUCUUCAAAGCUAAUAUCCAGGAGGCCGGUAUAGUCAAGCAGUGCCUGCUAAGGUAUGAAAAGUUGUCUGGCCAAAAGGUGGAGAUAAGGGGGGAGGUGGCGGCGUGUCUAGAGGUGGAACAGGCAGCUAAUUUUGGAAAAUAUCUUGGCCUACCAUAUUUUGUAGGCAGAAAUAAAAGGGCUGCUUUUUCCUAUGUGGGGGACAAGAUCAGGCAAAGAAUUGGUUCAUGGAAUAAAAAGUUGCUCUCCCAGGCUGGUAUUGGUGGGGAACUGGAUCAGAAAGGGGAAUACAUUGGAAGGCUUGGGAUACGCUAUGCAUCCCUAAAAAGUAUGGUGGCUUGGGCUUGGCGUUUCCUUACAAAUCCCAGUACCUUAGCAACAAAGAUAUAUAAGGCUCGUAAUUAUCCUAAUACUUCCUUUAUUGAUGCCACUAUAGGAAACUGCCCGAGUUUCUGUUGGAGUAGUAUAAUGGCUGCACAUGGAAUGGAACUGCGAAAUGCCCAUGCCGCUGGUUUAAUUGACCAGCAAACCAAUACUUGGGACCCCCAUAUUUUAUUUGAUUUAUUUAUUCCUGAGGAUGUGGCUCGUAUUUCUAUGAUUCCUGUUAGCCCGGAUUAUGAGGACAUGUGGUUUUGGAAAGGCGAGUCAAAUGGGGUAUAUACGGUCAAAAAUGCUUAUAGGCAAAUUAAAGGAGACUUUGAGCAUAACCCAUGUGCUUUUGAUAAAUGGGUUACUCUGUGUAAACUGAAAGUGCCACCCAAAUGGAAAACCUUUUUGUGGAGAGCCAUUUGUGAUAUUAUUCCCACUACGGAUAAUUUAAUAGUCAAACGGGUGGAGGUUGAUCUGGCAUGCCCAAUGUUUGGAAUAACGCAUGAGAGUGCCAUGCAUGCAUUAAUUUUAUGUGAUUAUUCAAAAAUAAUAUGGAAUAUUUCGGGAUUGCAUGUUACUAAUGUAGUCACACAUUCUUUAUCGGCAUGGCUUAUGGGAAUUUUAAAUAUCUUGACAGAGGAGCAAUGUGGUUUGGCCAUAGCAGUGCUAUACAACAUUUGGAAUGCCCGCAAUACAGCGGUAUGGGAACACGACCUCCCACGACCUCACCAAGUAUGGCGACAUGCGGCGGCAGCAAUGCAUGUUUACCGGCAGACGCACCGUCCGUCACCCCGGGCGCCGGUUUUUGUGGCUGCUACAACAGAUGGGUGCGAGACGCCGAGGUGCUAUGCCGAUGCCGGCUACAGACCUGCCACCGGAGAAGCUACGUAUGGGGCGGUACUCCUCUCUCAUCAGGGCACCUUCGUGGCUGUGACAAGUGGAAAGCUAUCGGGUGCUUUCUCGGCCGUUAUGGCGGAGGCACUUGCUUGCAAAGAGGCGCUGUCUUGGCUUAAGGAUCGGGAUAUCAGGAUGAUGGAUCUUUUAACAGACUGCUCAGAGCUGCGGAAUGAAUUAUACUCAAGCCCAACGGCUAAUUUGUCCUAUAUUGGGAUCAUUGUGGACAAAUAUAGGACAACCAUAUCAUUAUUUACACGUUGUUCUUUAAGUUAUGUUUCUAGAACACUUAAUUUUCAUGCUCAUACUUUAGCUUCGUUAGAUUUCGAUCAGGAACAACCUAUGUACUGGGACUCUGUCCCUCCUGACUCUAUUGCUCAGUUUAUCCAUUAA